AGCGGUGCGGGGGACGGUUGCUGGCUGGCACUGGCAGUUGAGGGAGGUCGCAGCCAUGUCGGAGCGGAAGGUGUUGAACAAAUACUACCCGCCGGACUUUGAUCCUGCUAAGAUCCCAAAGCUCAAACUCCCUAAGGACCGACAGUAUGUGGUGCGGCUCAUGGCCCCCUUCAACAUGCGAUGCAAGACGUGUGGUGAAUACAUCUAUAAGGGGAAGAAGUUCAACGCCCGUAAGGAGACUGUUCAGAAUGAGGUGUACCUGGGACUUCCCAUCUUCCGCUUCUACAUCAAGUGCACACGUUGUCUGGCAGAGAUCACUUUCAAGACAGAUCCUGAGAACACAGACUACACCAUGGAGCAUGGCGCCACUCGCAAUUUCCAAGCUGAGAAACUCUUGGAGGAAGAGGAGAAAAGAAUGCAGAAGGAGAGGGAAGAGGAAGAGCUCAACAAUCCCAUGAAGGUCUUGGAGAACCGAACCAAGGACUCCAAGCUGGAGAUGGAAGUUCUGGAGAACCUGCAGGAGCUGAAGGAACUCAACCAGCGCCAGGCAAAUGUGGACUUUGAGGCCAUGCUGAAGCAGUACAAAGAGUAUGAGGAGGAGCAGAAGCGCAAGGAGCAAGAGGAGGAUGAGCAAGAGAUGAAAGCCAUGCUGGAGCAGGCCCAGAACCGGCGGCUGCUGGUAGACUCGGACUCCGACGAAGAGCCUGAAAAAUCAAACACAAAGCCUGUGGCCAAAAUGAAACCUACAGACAUCUUGCAGGAGGACCCUCAGCCCCAGAGUAAGAAGCUGAAGACGGAGAGCUGGGAGCGGAGUGUGGGCAAAUUGAACACCAAGUCCCAGCUGGCCGGGCUGGUCACAGUGAAAAAGCAGAAGCCGGGCCCUGCCCUGGCUAAUGGCACAGAGAACCAAGGCACCGCGGCCAACACCGGCUCGUUUCCCACAGCAACGGGCACCACGUCCUCUCUCGGCUUGUUGGGGGCGUAUUCGGACAGCGAGGACAGCGCGAGUGACUGAUGAGUGGUGACCGAGCCAGCCCAGAGCAGGGAUGGCGGGCUGUCCCCCCUCCCAGCUGACAGCAGCUGCUCUCCAGAGCCCCGGCACGGAGCUGGCAUCGCAGCCCUCGGGCCCAGCGGGGUUUCCAGGCCAUCUGGAGUCGCAGCGUCUUCACCUGCCUGACCCGGGGUGUGCAUCCAUCCUCUGACGGGGAGAAGGCUGCGGCGGCCCUUGCUGGCUACCACCACCCGCAGACUGAGGCCAAGGGAGGGUAUCGCAGCCAGUGGAGAGCCCCAACGCUGUCCCAGGCUGGCUGUCUCCAAACCCAGCUUCCAGCCAGCCCCCGAGGACGGUGUGUCCCAGCCCUGCACCUGUAACGUGUACGGAAGCGACGGGGGUGGCCGGGACUGUGUAGUUUCUCCGUUCUGGUGGUGCCCACCGCCCUCACCCCCUGGGUACGUCACCCACUGACCCUCCCACGGCAAUAAAGGGACCUGGGGGCCUCCCUUCCCUGCUCACUGUGUCCCUGCAGGGGGAAGGCAGGAGCUCAGCACCCCUUUUUAGCCAUGGGAGGACCCACCACCACCACCUUACUGGCCCUGGGUGUCUCCUGACCCCUCUGUGGGGCUCAGAUCCCGAAUCCCCUGUUGUUUUGCUGCCGGAGGUGACACAUUCUGCAGCGUGGACGCAGGGGGCUCAUCGAGCCCCACGCUGCGGGGACCGGGCUGUCCUGGCCAGGCUGCCACCACCCUCCUUCCCCUGCCCAAGUCCUCCUGCACCCCAGCAGCUUGGUGACAGACCCCUCCCCGCCGUUCGGAGAGCGAUUGGGUUUGCUCGGCUCCCCAGCAGCCGCCACCCGGUAAUAAAUUGGU